AUGAGCGCACACGACAACGAAGACCUCAUCGACUACGAGGACGAACAUGAGGUUAUCCCUGGAGGAAUCGCCGCUUCUGCAACCAACGGUGCCCCUUCUGCUGUUGACGGCGACGACAAAGACAAGAAAAACUUCUCUGGCAUACAUUCAACAGGUUUCAGGGACUUCCUACUCAAACCUGAGCUUUUACGCGCCAUAAGCGAUCUUGGUUUCGAGCAUCCAUCGGAAGUUCAGCAAGAGUGCAUUCCGCAGGCUGUGCUCGGCAUGGACGUUCUUUGUCAAGCAAAAUCUGGCCACGGGAAAACUGCCGUUUUUGUGUUGGCUACCCUACAGCAGCUUGAGCCUGUUAACGGGGAGGUUUCGGUGCUUGUCCUUUGCCACACCCGAGAGCUUGCUUUCCAAAUCAAAAACGAAUACACCCGUUUUGCAAAAUACAUGCCAGAUGUCCGUGUUAGCACCUUUUACGGUGGUACACCUGUCACUAAGGAUGCCGAAAUUCUUCGCGACAAAACCAAAUGCCCUCAUAUAGUCGUUGCUACCCCCGGUCGCCUGAAUGCGCUUGCCAGAGACAAAGUUUUGGACGCCAAAAACGUGAAACAUUUUGUGUUGGACGAGUGCGACAAAAUGCUCGAACAGCUCGACAUGCGCCGCGACGUCCAAGAAAUUUUCCGGACCACCCCUCACCACAAACAAGUAAUGAUGUUUAGUGCAACCCUGGCUAAGGAUAUUCGGAUUACCUGCAAGAAGUUCAUGGCCAACCCUUUGGAAAUAUUUGUUGACGAUGAAACCAAACUAACCUUGCACGGUUUACAGCAACACUACGUAAAACUUGAGGAAGUUAGCAAGAACAAAAAGUUGAGCGAACUUCUUGACACGUUGGAAUUCAACCAGGUUGUGAUCUUUGUGAAAUCGGUUGCUCGCGCCAUUGAGUUGGAUAAGCUUCUUGUGUCGUGCAAUUUCCCUAGUAUCAGUAUUCACUCUGGUUUGCAGCAAGAGGAGAGAAUUAAGCGCUAUACGGCAUUCAAAGCGUUUGAAAAGCGAAUUUUGGUUGCCACUGAUAUCUUCGGAAGGGGUAUUGAUGUGGAGCGUGUAAACAUCGUGAUCAAUUACGACUGCCCUCCCGACGCGGACAGUUACCUGCAUCGUGUUGGUCGUGCUGGUCGAUUUGGCACGAAAGGUCUGGCAAUCACUUUUGUCUCUUCGGAUAGCGAUCAGCACGUUAUGGGUGCUAUCCAGUCUCGAUUCGAGGUCGCUGUUCCGGAGCUUCCUGACCACAUUGAUCCAGCCAGUUACAUGACCUCGUGAAGAUGUUCUCCUUUUUUUUCUUGCUUCUCGCUUUUCGUCGUAUUACUUUAACAUACGAGAAUCUCUCCAUUUUUGCUGUCAAAUGUAUAUCACAGAAAGAUGGGGUUCAAGUUGGU